GUAGGAGAGGUGUUGUGUUGUUGUUUCGUCGUCAGUUUCCUUCUCCCCCAUUUCUUAAUAUUCAUUCAUUCAUCCCUUCCUCUUUUGACUCAUUUACACCAUUACCAUUCUUCCUUCAAACCUCCGUUUCUCUCUCCUUCGAUCUCCUUUCCUUCAACAUCAACCGACCAUGUCUUCCUCCUCUCCGGCCAUACUUCCCAUCUCCAAUCCUCAAUCCACCGUCGUCCCCGCCCCCACUUCUGGUGGUUCUGUUCAAUCUCAAGGCCCUGUCACCACCCCCGCCUUUCGCGCUUUCAUUAAUCACCUAUCCGAAUAUCUCCGUCACGGUCUCUCCCAGCGAAGACCAUGGGCCGAACUUGCAGAUCGGACGGCAUUUUCUAAGCCCGAAUCCUUCUCCGAAGCCACCCUUCGAAUUCGCAAGAAUUACUCUUAUUUUCGCGUCAAUUAUCUCGCUGUCAUUGCUCUGAUCCUCGGCUUUUCUCUCGUUUCUCAUCCGUUUUCUCUGAUCCUUCUGGCCGGUCUUUUAUCCUCCUGGCUAUUCCUCUACCUCUUCCGUCCCUCAGAUCAGCCCCUUGUUCUAUUUGGUCGCACAUUCAAGGAUAGCGAAACCCUAAUUCUCCUGGUUGUUCUCAGCGUGUUCGUCGUAUUCCUUACGAGCGUUGGAUCCGUCCUCGUUUCGGCUCUUAUGGUCGGUGUAGCUCUGGUUUGUGCCCACGGCGCGUUUAGGGUUCCUGAAGAUCUCUUCCUAGAUGAACAAGAAAAUGUAUCCACCGGUUUCCUUUCAUUCUUCAGCAGCGCAGCUUCCACCGCUGCCGCCGCCGCCGUGCCUGUGGCUGCUCGCACGUGAUUUGAGUAGAUGAGGGUAUGGAAUCGCCUUCGCUCUGGUAUAUCAGUAAAGGCAUUAAAUAUUGAAAAUUGGCGUAGACGAAAUAAGAUGCAGUUUUUUUUCCUUCUUUUGUGCAAAAUUUCAUAUUAACUAUCCGUUUUCUUACCGUAAGAUAGAGCAUUAUACUACAAUACGAUGUCUAUGGUUCAAAUUCUUUCCUCUCUUCUUUAACCAUCGAACCUGUUAUAUUCUGUAAUUCGAAUUUUGCUAUAAUACACUGAAGUUUUAUUCUCUUAA